AUGUCAACAGAGAUAUUUAGAUUAAUAUCACCACUUUUGGAUGAUGUAUCAAAGGAGAGAUUGAAUCAAUUGAUUGCAUCAUCAUCAGUACAUGAUAAAGGUCAAGAUGAAGAAGAGAUAAUAUCAACAGCAGACGACAAAGAUAGUAGCAACAACAACAAUGCAGAAGAUUUCUAUAAUACCAUCUAUGAAUUAUUGUCUGAUGAAAAGGGAACCAUCAGAAAAUCAUAUGAUGAUAUUCUAUGGGAGUUUGUCAAUGAACUCAUCAGAGCUCUCGAUUCAUCAUUGCCAAACUCUGCAUUAUCCUAUGUUAAUUGGCAACUUGAAAUUACUAAUAGUAAGAUUUGUCAAUCAAUUUUAAAGAUAUUAAAUUGGAUAUCAUUAAAUGCAAGUCCAAGAGAAUUCUUAUUGAUCUUACAAGAGAUGGAAUCAUCUUCAUUCUUUAAUAUAUCAUUUUGUACAAGAUUGAUAUUGAUUGGUUUGGUUAAAGAGGCAUUAAAGAGAAUUGACAAGGAGAAGAGAUUCAGUUUCCUCGAAUCACUCUUACCAAACAUCUUAUCAACUUUAAACAAUGAUGUCAUUGUUGAACAACAACAAAAAUUACAACAUGCAAAAGAAAAAAAGAAAGCAGUAGUAGACGAAGAAGAUGAUGAAGAUGAAGAUGAUGACAAAGAUGAAGACGAUGAUGAUGAUGAUGAAGAAGAAGAAGAAGACGAUAGAUCAGUAAAGAUCAUUGGACAAGGGGAAGAAGAACAACUACAACAGAAAAACACCGAAUUUGAUACUAGAUGGGAAUAUCCACUAGCUUGUAUUAUAGAUUUUAUUUCAACCUUUAUUUCUGAUCUUAAUAUUCAAGUUCCAAUUGAAAAUAAUAAUAGUAAUGAUAAAAUGACCGAUGUAAUUAAACAACAACAUUUAUUCUUGAAUGCUAUAUUCCAAAUUAUGGCACAAAGUUCAGUUAUGAAUACACCACAACCCUUAAACUAUAAGGGUGUAUCUCUCAUCAAUGUUAUUGGCGAGAUGUUGAUGGGAUUGGGUGUGUCAUGGAACUAUGUCUUGACAACCGACCCUAGAUUACGUGCUAAACAAAGAGACAUUGAAUUGGAAGAUAUGUUUCUCGAACAAGGUUUGGAAGAUGAUGAUUUGGUAUCUGAAGGUGAAGAGGAAGAUGACUCUUCGACGACGGUCAUUAAAAAAUCACAACCUGCACAAAAGACUAGUGCAGUCGACGAAGAUGACGAUGAAGAUGAUGAUGACGAAGAAACAACAUCAUACGAAGUGAUUUAUGAUUUAGAUCUACCAUACAGUGGUAUUGGAUAUUACUUUUACAGUCUUCUUCUCCGUCCAUCAACUGUAUCUACAACCUUUUUAACUGGUAGUACUGCUGGCGGUGACACUACUCCACAACAACAACAACCACAACACUCACGUCUCCCAUCACCUCUUUCACCCAUGAGUAUGCUCUUGUCCAACCUUCCCUACCUCACUUCACUUUUACAAGAAUCCACCAACUACAAAUCUGGAUUCAAGGCAAUUCAAAUCAUUUCUUUCCUUCAAAAGCGUAUCAAACCAUCUUCCAUCUCUGUACCAUUAGAUUAUCUUGUGUCGAGUAAUGCAAGUAAGGAGUCAUCAUCAUCAUCAUUUGCAACAUGGAUGGUAGAUGAAUCACCAGUGAUGGUUGAACCAGCAUUUCACUUUUUACAACUAGUUCAAUGCACGAUUGCAUUUAUGAUUGAUAAUGCUUGGGGUGGCAACACGACCAAUUCCAUCACCAACAAUGCCAGUCAAAGCAGUAGCCACAUUACCGAUGAUGACAAGGCAUACUUUUUGUCGCCCAAGGUGUUGGACAUCCUCUCUAUCCCACUCAACCUCUCUACUUGCUCCAACGGUACUGCCAUACUCGAACGUAUGGAUGCACUCAUGAAUGCACUCAAUCUCUACCGUUACCUAUUGAUCCGUGACCAAAAGGAUCAAAAGACAGGUGUAUGGGCUAGAUCAAAGAUCAUUGGCAUCAGAGACCAAGUACUCGAUCCUCUUGUCUCCACCCUCGAGAAUCUCAAGACACAAUACCGUGACAGUGCCAACGGAGACCAAGAAUCCCUCAGAAAAGCUCUCAAACAAAUUAGUAAACUCGGUGUCGAUAAAAUGAGUAAUCAGGACAUUCAACAAGCUUCUCAAAUGGUCAUCAAUCAAAUUGAUAUGGUCAUUGAUAUUGUUCAAAGAAUUAAAGAAUUACAAAAAACUUUAGAUAAAGAUGAUAAUUAA